GGGCUCUUGACGUACCCCUUCACCAUUUAUAGUAGUUCCUCCCCUGUAUUCAAUCAUUUCAGUCGAGACUCUGUCUAAAACAUUAGAUCUCAUCUGAUCGAGCACUCACUGCUACAACAAUGGGGGAAAAGAAGGUGACUAUGAUUCUGAAGGUAGAUCUUCAGUGUGAAAAAUGCUACAGGAAGGUCAAGAAAGUUCUCUGUAAAUUCCCUCAAAUACGUGACCAGACGUACGACGAGAAGAACAACCAGGUGAUCAUCAAAGUGGUCUGCUGCAGUCCUGAAAAGAUCAGGGACAAGCUAUGCUGCAAAGGAGGUGGCGCCAUUAAGAGCAUCGAGAUCAAAGAGCCCGAGAAGCUCAAAGACAAGCCCAAAGAAGCCAAGGACGUGUCUAAAGAGAAACCAAAGGAAGAUAAACCCAAAGACGGCCAGAAGCCGAAGGAUGAGUCGAAGCCCAAGGAUGAGUCAAAGCCGAAGAACCCGUGUUGUAUGGACUGUUACGGAGGGCGUCCUGGUGGUCCCUGCGAAACUGGGUAUGGUUACGGUAGGCUUGCCCUUUACAUACAGUACGAUGGCUACUAUGGAAGGCCGGUCUAUGAUAGUUACGGCGGUGGGAGGAGCUAUACAACUAGUUACUGCGUGACCCGCCCCGAUUGUUUCAGUGAAGAAAAUCCCCAAGCGUGCGCCAUCAUGUAAAACCAUAAAUACGUACCUACCUAUACUGUGCCUUUUGCUGCCUUUGUGGGGAAGUUUCCAUCAGCUCGGUGGUCCUUCAUUUUUAUAGUGUUAAAGAUGUACGACGUUGUUGUUGUCUUAUAUGAAAUAAAGUAUGGUUGGUGA